AUAAGUAUUGAUGUCAAAGGAAAAGAAAACUGUGUGAAUUAUGGACCACAAACCCUCUUUUUUAUCAUCACUACAAAGGGAACCAUUUCCUGUCCUUCAUUGAGUUGUCACAAAGGUCUUACUAUGUCAAAUGUUGCAUGGUACAAGAAUGGGAAAAAAGUUAUAGUAAGGCAUGAAAGACCAUCAUUGAAAUUAACCAACAAGGACAUUAUUUUGAAUACAAUCUACGAUAAAGACUCAGGACUUUAUACAUGUGAUUAUGUUGUUUAUACAAAUGGAAGCAAAACUACUGUGAGAUCCUCUAUCAAAGUUGACACUGGUGCCAAUAACACUCGCUAUGCUCCUAAUAUUUUACAACCCAAAAAUGGCAGUCAUAUUGAAGCCGAGCUUGGAAACCCUCUUCAACUUACAUGUAGAGUACGCUUUGGCUAUGAGCAGAACUUUAAGCCACAUAUAAAAUGGACAAGCCAGCAUCCCCAAUCCAAAGAAAAGCUCAUUGAACAAACACAAAAUUGUAACAAUGAAAAAGAUGUUGUGGGCACUCACUGUGUCCUGACAACGACUCUGGAUGAAAUAACGUCAAAGGAUCUGAAUGCUGUUUAUCGUUGCUAUGCUCAGAAUUUAGUUGGAAAUGCAAUAGCACAGAUUACUCUACUAAGAAAACAAACAGAUAGAGUAUUCUUUGUGUAUGUACUAUCUAUAUCCGUGACACUUCUUCUGUGUGCGCUAGCCGGCAGUGGGAUGCUGUAUUUAUACUGGAUUGAGAUUGUGCUGCUUUAUCGAAACCACUAUGCAAAGGAUGAGACUAUUAGAGAUUCCAAAGAAUUUGAUGCUUUCAUUUCAUAUGCAAAGCAGAGCUCUGAAACUCAUGCAUUGACUUGUGGAGACAGCUUUGAUGAAGAAAAAUUUGCAACUCAAGUGUUGCCGAGCGUACUAGAGGACAAAUAUAAUUACAAGCUCUGUAUCCUUGAUAGAGACAUUCUGCCAGGAGGAGCUUAUAUUGAAGAUGUUGUUGAAAUCAUAAAGAGGAGCAGACGAGUCAUUUUCAUUCUUUCUCAGGAAUACCUCAGUGGGCCAAGCUUGUUUGAGUUACAAGCAGCUGUUACCUGCUGUUUAGAAGAGCCACUGAAGUUAAUUCUUAUUAAAUAUAAGCCAUAUAAAGUACCAGAGACCUUGCCAAAUGUUGUCAAGAAAGCCCUAAAUGCUCUACCUGUGGUCCAUCGGAAACCGGGAUCUGAUGCUUCUUUUUAUGACACUAAGUUUUGGAAUAAGAUCAGGUAUUAUAUGCCAGUGAAAAAAUCCUAAUAACCAGAAAGCAGAUGAUUCAACUACCAAGAAAUCCAUUUCAAUGUUCUAGAAAAUAAAUUAGUUAACAUGACAAAAGUCAAUUGAAAAAAGACUAUUAGGUUUUCUUUACAACUCAACUCUAGUAGCAUCAUGCAUCAAGAAAGAGGAAUACAAAGCUGUAUGUUCCAAAGAAAAGCUUAAUGUAAUCAAGGGAGGAGAACAGUUGGAAAAACAGCACAAGUCCAUCAAGUUCAACCCUGCCAUCCAUCGUUUUUCGGUAGUACAAAAGGUGUUUUUAAAUAGAAAUAAGGACGUGGACAGAUGCACUAAUGAGAAGAAUAACCAUGUCUUGACCAAUAUUAUUUAUAAACUCAUCAAGUUAUUACUGAUAUAGACACUAUGUGAGCAAUA